AAAAAGGCCAACAUGGGUAAAAUGGUGGAUUACCUAACUGAGAUAUUACCAAAUGCCCUACACACCAUACCAGACUCGUCAUACUUAUCUGAAAAUAUUAUCUUAAGGGUCUCACCUACAGUUUCACCAAAUAUACCAAUUUUGAAAGGUCGAGUUAGUUAUAUCACGACAUUAAAAGCAACACAAUUCAUAUUGAUUAAUUUUUUAUUAAAUCCUCAAGUUAAGCUACAUAUAACAGAUAUCAAACCGCAGUUGAACCAAGGUGGUGAUUUCGUAAGGAAUGGAGAUUUAUCAAAUUAUUAUGGGAUGUUUGAAAAAAGUGACAAGAUUAUAAUUAAAUGGAGGACAUGUCUUGAUGAUUGUAAUCAUUUAAAAUUGAAGAAAUCAGGGUAUGCAUUGAAAGGGAGUCACAUUUUGGAAAAAUUUGAUAUAAAGAAAUUGUGGAAUCAUGCGUUGGGGAAUGAUGAAAAAAAAUUGAGUGAGUUUAAUCAUGGUGUUAGUAAGGUUGAUGAUGAUAGUACCGGGUUUGAGAGGAUUAUUUAUGGUAUUUUUGUUUUUGAAUUGGAUUCAAAUUGUGAAAAGAUUAUUGUUCAUAAUGUGGAAAAUAUUGAAAUGUAUGAUAAGAAGGAUUAUAUUGAUGAUGAU